GUUGCACUGGGUUCUAAGUUCUGUGGUCUUACGUAGUUACGUGUAUUAAUAACGUGACUAAUAAUAUUAUAUUUACGUUUUCAUCUUAGUCAUCGUAGUAUCGUACACGAUAACACAGCCGAUAAGUAGUCCGGUGCACCUUUCUGUCGUUACUCGUUCUGAGUUCACUGUUUCGUUUUGCGUCGAUCUGGUACGUCCUUGACGCCGCCUACUUGCCGGCACGGUUUAUAUUGUUUUCGUCCUUUUUUCAACUAACCGUGUACCCCUAAUACCUCGCCGAUUUUUUUUGAAACUUCGAACGGUAUAGCGACCCGCAGGCCGCAAUAGCGGUACAUCAUACGAUUACAACCCUUCCCGUCAGUGAUCCCUCCGAUUGAGAUUCACGUCACCAUCCAUUGCAACCCCGUACACACAAGAUGAGUCUCCAGUGGACGAUUAUCGCGACGUUCCUGUACUUCGAAGUGGGCGUGCUGAUGCUGUUCCUGGUACCAUAUAUGUCGGCUAAGCGCUGGAACAGUCUGUUCCGAUCCCGGUUCUAUCAGGCGCUUAGCGCCCAGGCCCAGUGGUACUUCACGUUCUUGCUGUUCGUUCUCGUCCUGUUCCUGUUGGACUCCGUCCGCGAGAUGCGCAAAUACUCCAACCCGGAGCUGAGCGACGCGCAUCAACACUUGGACCACGAAAUGCAGGCCAACAUGCGACUGUUCCGUGCCCAGCGCAACUUCUACAUCAGUGGCAUCGCCUUGUUCCUCAGCUUUGUCAUCAAACGUUUCAUAGCCCUAGUCACCCUGCAAGCGUCGUUGGUGGCCCAAAGCGAAGCGUCGCUGAAACAGGCCCAGAGCGCCAGCGCUGCAGCCAAGUCUUUGAUGACGAAAGACAAUAAAGGAGACGGCGAGUCUGAAGUGCUGACUCAACUGAGAAAAGAAUUGGAAUUGAUCAAGGCCGACCGCGACGCGAUCAAAAGUCAAGCAGAAUCUGUCUCCAAAGAAUACGACAGGCUCAUGACAGAACAUGAAAAACUUCAGAAGACUGCUGGCAACGAAUCAAAGAAGGAUGAUUAAUUCUUAUUUAUUAAACUAUUAGGCAUAAGUCUUAAGUACUUUAAACAUGCAUUUCUGAAUUUAAACUUCAAACUGUUUUGUUUGGCCUCUUACUAUUUGUUCUUUUGUUGGGGUGUUUUUCUCUUUUUUUUGUGACCUAGUAAACUAACAUUACUAGAAUUAUUUACUGUACAUCUCAUAAUUAAUCAGUUUUGGUAUUGUAAUUCAUGUAAAAAAUAUUUAGGGACUUAAUAAAUGAAUUAUUUUGUUGUAUUUAUACUACUAAAAGAUUUGUUUUAUGAAUUAAAUAUAGUUUUUUUCACA